AUGUCAACUAAAACUGUCUUGCUUACUGGUGCUUCAGGCUUCAUUGCGUUGCACACAUUGGACCAAUUACUAAAGAGAAACUACACCGUCAUUGGUACUGUUAGAUCCCAAGAUAAAGCUGAUAACAUCACAGUUCAAUUCAAAAAGGAGUAUCCAAGUGCUCAAUUAACAUUUGCCAUUGUGGAAGAUAUCGGUGCGUCAGGUGCUUUUAACAAAGUUUUCCAAGAUCAUCCUGAAAUUGAAGGGGUCUUACAUACUGCUUCACCAUUCUCGUUUGGGUUGAAUAAGGACUUCAAAGAUGCAUAUUUUACACCAGCUACUGAAGGUACAAAGAAUGUUUUAGAAGCUAUUCAGAAUUAUGGUAAAAAUGUUAAAAACGUUGUUGUCACAUCUUCAAAUGCUGCUGUGGCAAAUGCUGAUAAGGUUGGUGAUAAAACUUUCAUCCAUACUGAGGAAACCUGGAAUCCAAUUACCUGGGAUGAUGUUGAUAAUGAAUUGAAAGCGUAUAUUGCCUCUAAAAAAUUAGCUGAAAAGCUAGCAUGGGAAUUUGUUGCUGAACAAAAACCAUUGUGGAAAUUAACAACAGUUAACCCAACAUUAGUUUGGGGACCUCAAAAGUUUGAAUCAUCAUUAGCAAAUAAAACAUUGAAUACAUCAGCUGAAGCUAUCAAUAAACUAUUAUCAUCUGAUCCAAAUGACACACACUUUUUUGAUAAACCAAUCGGUACUUCUAUUGAUGUUCGUGACGUUGCCUUACUCCAUGUUUUACCGUUAGAAAAUGAAAACGUAUCUGGAAAGAGAUUAUAUCCUAUCCAAGAUGAAUUCAAUGGCCAAAGGAUCUUAAAUAUCAUCAAUAGAAACUUUCCAGAAUUAGAGAGUAAAAUUGCCAAAGGAUCACUAGAUGGUGCUGAUAAACAUGCCGAAGAAAACACCAUCUAUUAUGAUACUUCAAAAACUUUGGAAUGGACUGGUAUUAAAUCUUGGAUCCCUUUGGAAGAAACAGUUAAAGACUCUGUUAGACAAAUUUUGGAUUAUAGAUCCAAACACUGA